GGUAUAAAUCUGGUUGGAAUACAGGGUUUUGUAUACAAGGUCUGAUCCAGUGGUGGUGCGGGCAAUUCUGGCCUUAAACUAAAGUGGAGGUGGAGGGAAGAGUGGAGAAGGCUUGUUAUGCAAACAUCGACAAAAAAUGUGUCGAGACUUCGCUGUUCUGGAAGAUCAUACCUUGGCCCAUAACUUACAGGAGCAAGAAAUUGAGCAUCACUUGGCAACAAAUGUUCAGCGUAAUCGUCUGGUGAAACAUGACUUGCAGGUGGCCAAGCAACUGCAAGAAGAGGAGGAUCUGAAAGCACGUGCUCAAAUCCAGAAACACCGAAAAGACUUAGAACGACAGGACUGCGAGAUCGCUCAGGAAAUCCAAGUGAAGCUGGUAUUUGAAGCAGAGCAGCGCCGCAGGCAAGAGGAAAAAGACGAGGACAUUGCCCGCCUCCUACAACAGAAAGAACUGCAGGAAGAAAAAAAGCGCAAGAAGCACUACCCAGAAUCCCAGGGACACACAGUCUAUGAAGAUAGCUAUUAUGCAGAAAAUGGAGGCACUAAGUUGAGGGGGACGAAGCAAGCCAUGUAUGAUACACCCCGAAGGGAACAGGAGUUGUCUGAUGCAGAGAUUGCUCGGAAGCUGCAGGAGGAAGAGCUCCUGGCUAAUGAGGCAGAUCAGAAGGCAGCUCAAGUAGCCCAAGAUGAGGAAAUUGCCCGACUCUUGAUGGCCGAGGAGAAAAAGGCUUUCAAGAAAGGGAAGGAGAGAGAAAAGUCUUCCUUUGAAAAGAGGAGGCACGAUCAAGACUGGAAGCAUGAUGCAAGCGAGUCCACACGCUCGAGGUCAAAAGAAGGGCCUGAAACUCAGCGACACAAAGGCGACAGGUCUUCAAGGUCACAGCCUCUCCUCGAUGACUUUGAACACACUCGGUAUUACACAAGCCAGCCCAGCUCCUUGCGCCAGAUCCCCAAACCUGAGCACUCUCCUAAAGGUUCCCGUAGGAAGCAGUAAACGGUGCUAGCCUUUGCUUUGGUACUGACUCUUCUGUAGCAAACAUUACUGGAAUUGCCAGGCAACUUCUCGAUUCCUUAACCCUAUGGGGAGGUACAGCCUCCGCUCCCAGGAUCUCCUCUUUAAGUGUCAUUACAUUAAUAAGGAACACUUUUUCGUUUCAAUUUCUUACUCAUAUGUGAUCACUUAAGCAGUGCAGUAUAAUCUAGCCGCCACUGAGCUGUGUGAAUCAACUAGCUGACUUAACAGCUCCCUCUUAUAUUCUUUUGAGGCUUUCCUUUUAUUUUUAUGCUUUGGCUGGAGCUUUGACAAAUAGGACAAAUAGAGAUGCAUGUACAACAGGGAGGAAAAUCUAAGAUACGAGCUGGGUUAUGGCAAUCCAGCAGAACAUCAGAAGUACAAGUCCUUUCCGUAUUAGGAUGACUUAGCAAAGAGAGUUAAAGAGGAAAUGUGUUUCUUCCUGUGCUGGAUAAGACGUCUGAGCCAACCUGACAGUCAUGCUAGCUUGCAGGAAGGAGAGAGGAUCUUCAUAACAUACACCAGCAAAAGCCAGAACCUGGGACUGGUGAGGAAGAAAUUGCCUACAGAAGAAAAUUUCUUAACUGCUGUAUUUCUUUCUAGGGUUUCCAGCAAUCUUGGGUGGAGCGUGUAACCAGGCAUUUAGCUCCAGGAUAUAAGAUAGAACAGUUAAGAGGAAAAACAGUUUCAACUGAAAUUAGACCUUGUGUGCAUGACUUUUAAGACAUGCCAGGGAGUUGAUGAAGCUGUGAGUUGUGGAUUGGGAAGAAUCAUACAAACAGAUUUAAAUGCCUGAAGGGACCUCUGUGGUCACCUGGUUUGAGCGUCAGUGUGGUAGAAGCCAAGGAAUUUCACUGAAGCCAAGUAGGAACUACUGUAACUCCUUCCUUAGCUGCUGAUGCACUUGAGUACAGUAACUUGUGUCUGAACCUGCAUGUGUCUUGGAAACAUGGGACUGAAGGAGGGCCAUAUGGGUACUGAGCACUGAAUCCAAAAUCUACUAUUACAGGCACCUUUGAGCUAGACACAGAGUGCUGAACGGCUCAUGCAAUGUCUGUGCUCACUGCCUCCCCUCUACACUGCUCCGUCCAGCAUCCUAAGCAGACUCCAGUCAGGAUAAAACUAUUGCUCUCUAGGGCAUAGCAGGGUCUGCAAGUUUAAGUUGUCUGUAUAGAUUUGCCCAUGCAGUGAUUUUUUUUUUUUGGAUGGCUUGUUUUCCCUCCACUCUUUGAAAAUCAUUCUUCUCUUGCACAAACAAGUAGCCUUGUCCCUUGGCCUCCUCUCACUUCAAUUCUUUUGUCUUUUUAAUCUUUUUUUUGCUGGUUUUUUUUUUCAAGUGCAUUUUUAAACAACAAAGCUGAGCAUCUGGACGCUGGCUUGGAGUCUGUUCAACCAGUACAGGCUAAUUAUUCGUUUGCCAGUCCAGUUCACGGCAGCAAGCCUGGCUGUGUUGCCCCUGCAGCCCAGCUUUCUUACUGCCCAGCACUGAGCCUGUCCCACCACGCUCUGUCCUCUGCUGGCAGCUGCAAUUCUGCUGCUGGCUUUGCUGAGGAGGGGAGGCAGAGCCGUGACUGUACUUGCCCUCGCCACCAAUCUGCCUGGGAAAGGAGCCUGACAGCUCUGUAGAGCUUUGUGGAGAGCAUGUGCUGGCGUGGAGGACUGAUAGGAAAUCGAAAGAGAUCAUGGCUCCCUGCUCUUGCACUAAUUGACAAUUCAAGCCCUAAGGCAGCUGUAAGGCUUUAAGCUUGGCUGUUGUACUUGGUCAGGAUAGUUACAGAGACAAAUCACAAGGAAGACAAGGCAGCUCCUUCUUCACAUAAGUUACAAGGGCAUGUUUAAUAUCACAGCACAAGCCCAUGCCUUGCCUUGACCAACAACUCAAACUUCCAUCUCCUACCCCCACUGGGAUGCUGGCAGCAGUUCACUACCUGUGAAGAACCAGUUAACUCCCAGUAGACCUCUGCGCCAGGCGUACACUAGCUAAAAAUGUUGUAACAUAGGACUUUGUGCAUCGGCAGCAUCCCGUUAGCUGCGUACCCUUGCUUCCAGACCAUGAGCUUGCUCACCUGCAUGAACCCUUAAGUGACUUGCAAGCUCUUACUUGCUUGCUGCUGCUUCUCAGGAAAUAUCCCAGCCAGCGGCUAGAUUUUACUGUCCUUGCCUUGUUCCCUCUUCUAGUUCCAUCUUUGUCCAUUCAGAAGUGUUAACAUUGUUUUAAAGGAUCUGGAAAAAAAACAUAUAUAGACUGUUUGUUUUUUUUUUUUAUUUGGUAACUUGGGCCAAUGUGGCAACCUCAUUUGCAAUGACUUUAUUUUGUAAGAAUUUAUUUUUAUAUUUCAUGUAACAGUCAAAAUUUCUACUGCUGAAAAUGCCAUUUUUUUUUUUUCCUGUGGGUUUUUCCCCUCCAUUGCCAUCAGAGUAUUUAUCGUUGUGAAAUGGAUGCCUGGUGGAGUUUUAUGAACUAAUACUUUCUACAAACACCACAGUCCAGGCCCUGCUGCUUGUAUCAUCUGGUGCACUUGCGAAAACUGGAUGGGGAAAAAUCCUGCCAAAUUGGAAAGUGGUUGUGCUUUGUACGCACUGUGCAUGGGGGAAAAAUGGUGACCCUCUGCACAAGGCAAGGGGAAAUCGCCAAAUAGGAAUUCAGCCCUCCCUGGGCCUCUGUAGCUGGCUGUAAUGGGCUUUCUUGCACUGCAGUUGGCUGAUGUAACGUCUGUCUUACUCUAAUCAGAAAAGUCGUGAAGGCCCUGAGCCCACUGACAUCUGAAGAACCUAUUAAUUCAGGAGGGAUGCUUGGGACUAUCCAAGUUGUUGACUUCAGUGGGAGUGAGUGGAAAUGAUAUGAGAGAAAACUCUAGUUGAUUUUGUUUGGAAGCUGGGUAAAGUCUGAAGAACACCUCAGUACCUACUCUGUGGAGCUGCAAGAUCUCCUUAGUGGCUGCCUCGGGCCAGCCAAAGCUCUCCAGCCAUGGCACCAAGAGCCCAAGGGAAGGAUCCCAGGAGCAUCUGCUGCUUCCUUGGAUGCCUUCAGGGAGUGCUGAAUGCUUUAUGGGCUGCUUUGCUCUAUAUCCUCCCUUAGUCCUUACCUUUUUAUUCUUACUCCCUAGCUUUAUUCGUUUGCUGUCCCUUGUAAGUGUUUCGCCUGUCUUAUUUUUCCAUAGCCCUUGUGAAAAGGGGGGCCCUGAAGUUAUGUUAGAAGGGGCUGACACCUAUUGAGAGACAGAAAUGCUAGGAAUGGUAGCUGAGGAAAGCAUGUAGUAAAUGAGGUAUAAACAGAGCAAUUGUUCAUCUAAUACACCUUGUGGGCCUCAUGCAGUCAGCAGGUUAGAGACUUCCUGAGGCAAAGGCUGCAACUGGACUUGCAUGUUUAGUAACCCCUUUUGGCAGGAGAUUCCAUGGUCCCAUUGAAGUCAGCAAGAGUUAAGAUCAUGGAUGAACAAGGAGCCAAUUCAUCUUGGGGCUCAGCAGCCACGGUUCUGCUGAGAGUCAAGGAGGUGCAGCUUGUGUAGGCGAGAUGCAAAGUCAGCACCUUGCACGUGAGUCCCUGGAAAGAGGCACAAUGAAGUUGAUCUUUUAAAACAAUCGGAGCAAUAUUUCCUUUCUGUGACAGAAAAAUGUUUAAGUAACUUUGUUUUUUUCCUUGUCUUCUCUUGCCAAGUUUCAGUAGCUCUGCCUAUGGUUUUGCUCUGGAUUCAGUAGCGUGUCAGAGCCUUUGCUGGGACCCCUGCCCAGGUCAUUCAGGUCUCGCAUCCCUUUCUGACUCUGUGCAUUAACAAGGCAACAGGCACCGCAUGGAAAAUUCAUCACCGUGAAAUCCUGGCACUUCCUAAUCUCCAUAGUAGGCACAUCUCACCAGCAAGAGCCCUCGCCACCUCCUUACCUCCGUCCGAAGCACAAUGGUCUGCAGAAGAGAGGUCGGGCGAACCCGAGUGAUCGUGCCUUACAUGCAGGGGUACUCGACGUCUUCAGCAGGCUGAUCUGAGUCACCUUGCUAUGAAACACUGUCUUAAUGUGGACUGUACAGCUUCCUGCAGUGAGAAGCGGUUGUCACAUGGAUAGAUCCAACAGGUUAAUCUCAUCUUUUUUAAAGAACUUCAUGGUUUUUAACUUAGUGGGGGUGGGAAAAUACUGGCUGUUAGGGGAUAGAUGAAGUCUCAUCAUUGAAUUUCCCCUCUUGGGGAGGGAGGACAGAAGUUACAAAUGCUGCAGUCUGCUUCACUCUGUAAAAGGGAUCUUGUAUGUACAGUAUUUUUAUAUCUCUGCAUUCCCACCUGUCAGGAUGUGAAUCAGGAUUAAUAACAUUCUCUUACUUAGGGGGGAAAAAAAGGAUUUUUAUUUUUACAGUGCUAGACCUUUGCAUUUUUAUUUUUUGUGCCAAAUUACAGCCGCUGUUACAUUCUAGUGUUUUCAUUCAGUUUAUUGCUAUUGAUCAGUGUGUAUAUUAUAUAUUUUUAUUAUCAAGGUUUUUAUUUUAAUUCAUAUUAACCUGUAUGCAAACUAACUGUGGAUUGCUAAUUUAUAUAUAAAGGGGAGCACUUGGAGACAGCGUGAGGAUUCCCCUACUUAGUUUACACUCUUGUAAUCUAGUGCAGCCAGUCCAUUCUGUGUAAGAAGCAAUGAGUUUCAUGAUCUCCUGAGCGUCUUGUCACCCUGAGCAGAUUGAUCCUGCUGUUCCUCCAGGCAGCACUGACACCGCAAGGCUGCGUGAGAUGCAGUAGGAGACAAAGCACAGCUCG